AUGGCAUCCAAAUUGCCUGAAUGUCCUGUAUGCUUGGAGGAAUAUUCGCGAACACAAAUGCCAAUGCUUCUUCCUUGUGGGCAUGCGUUGUGCAAGCUCUGCUUCGACAUAUCAACCAAAAGGAACACAGUUGAAUGUCCCCAAGAUAGAAAAAAAUCCAAUGUAAAGAAUUUAUCCCCUGCAUACGAUUUGAUGUCGACUAUUGAGCAGCUCCAAGAGCUUAAGCUUCAAAUAAAUCAGGAAUCCAGCGUUAAAGAGGAAACGCAAACACAAUGCAAUUCUAAGAUAGAUGUAUUGGAAAAACAAUUUAGAGAAAAGUUGACAGAAUAUGAAAGAACCUACCAAGAAAGGGCUGAAAAAAUGAUAGAAGAAGUCAAAAGAGAAGAGGAAGAAAAAAGGAUCAGAUAUGUCGAACAAAUGAAUGAAAUUAGCAAGGUGAACACUGAAAAGCAUCUCAAAAAACUUAUUUCCCUAAUAAAUUGUGAAGAAUAUUUGUAAAGAAUUACUGGAAAAUGAAAAAGCUGGCUCUUUUUUAAUACAAUUAAUUAUUUUGUGGUUUGAAUAUAUUUCAGCACUUACAAAAAAUUUUUGCCUAAUUAUUUAUUUUAGAUAUUUAAAUUUUUAAUUAUAAACGUUCCACAAAAUUAAAUAAAUUUUUAUAUAUAGCCCAGGAUGAAUUUUAGAUCAUUAUAGGUCAUGAUCUGAUACUUCGACUCGUUGCCGAGUCAAAUCCGCGAGUUGGCAAGUACGCCUAUAAUUAGUAUAUGCCUUUUUGUGGAUUGGUUCGGGAAAUUUUUGAGCAAACUAACUCCACGAGUUGAAUUGCCAGAUCAUAGCUCUGGACGAUCUAUAAUGCGUCCUGCUCUAUAUUUUUACAAUUUUCAUCAUUUAAUAAAAAAUAAAAAUUGCUAGCUCCCCCUCCGUGGGCGAACAAAACUAUUGGAAAAUACCUAAUUUUUCAUAAAAACCCAACCUCCGUGAGUGAACAAAAAAUUUUUAUGAAAAAAUUGAUAUAUAAGUGAUAAUUAUUAUAGUGAAAUCUAUAGCUAAUUCUAUUUAAUUUUAAACAACUUUAAUUUUAACAUAAUUUUGCAAAUUAAAUUAAUAUUUACUUUCCAAUCUUGCAUGAAUUUUUAAUUUAAAAAAAAAAUUUACUAUAAAAUUUAUAUAAUAAAUUUUUAAAGAUAAAAAUGGCCAAACAAAAAUUUUUUGUUCGCUCAUGGGAAGUAAGUGGCAAAUUAGCCAAAAAAUUAGACAAGGGAAAAUACGAAUAAAUGGAUCUGAGAACCCCAACAUCAAUCGAGAAAGGCAAAAUCCAAGGGAUGAUAACAGAAUUUACUGGUCUUGGCAAUCGUCAGACCAUAAAUGGAACGAAUAUGAUCAUAGCAUUUCUUCAAAAAUAGAGUCAGCAUAUAGGUCUGGUGUAUCAUAUGCAGUAGUAAAGGCAAAUAAUCGAUCUAUAAAAAUCGAUUUUGAUCAAUGAAGAGAAACCAGUGGAUCAAAAAUAAAACGAAUAAAUACUAUAACAAGUGCUCCUCUAUGGAAAUUUUUAAAAAGCCCCAAAAAAUGGGUAGCAUUACUUGACUCUGAAUGCUUUAAACUUGAUGUAGCAUGAAUUAACAAUGAAAAUCAUGUUAGCAUCAACAUAGACGAUGAAAAAAAUGCAGUUUGUAAUUUUGAUGAAAUGUCUUUGAGAAUUCAAGACAAAAAAUUUCCCCUUGUAAGAGAGAUACUUUCUUAAUACCUUUUAACACUAUAUGUUUGAAUAGUAUCACUAUUUUUUAGAAUCAGCUAGGACUGGACCCUCUAAUAUUAUUUGUAAUUAUUGAAGGAUAAAAAUCAAUUUAAAUUGGAAUAA